CUGUUGAAUACAGAUGAGUCAACAGCCGGUCUGAGCUGACCCACAGACUCAUAAAAACCAACAGGGCCCCAAGUACCCUCACCUGAGGCACCCAAACUCUUGGAUCAAAAGUUCAAGAACUUGCUCACAUCAAGGAUCUGGCUGCUUCUUUGGGAAUCAAGAAAAUGAGGUUUUGUCUCUACAUUUGCACUGGCAAUCCACAAGGGAUCUUCCAGACUGGGUCUUCACCUCCAUCCUGGGUCCUGACCAAGACAUCUUGGCAAGUUCCAAGCCCAACAGCUUAAAUCCCAAAGAGGGCAGCUCUUGUUGGCCUUAUCAAGGUUCACUCUAUAUGAAACUUUGAAAAUCAUCUCCUGCACCUCUUCAGACAGAGGCAGUGACUUGAAUUUCAUGUUGACUUCUAAAUAAGAAACCCCUUGAACAUCCCAGGCUACAAGAAAGCUGGGGUCGCUGUUCACACAGAAUGCAGCUGUGCAACCCCUGGAGCUGGCAACAGGAUACUGACACCUGGAGACUUUUCUCAGUCCUGCUCUUUCCAGUCAUUCGUUUUGAGCUAUGCACCUCCACUUUUUCCUUGUCUUACUGGAAAAAAUCAAAUUUUUGACAGAAAGGAUGUUCAAACAUCUUCGGAAGUGGUUUGUCACUCAUUUUUUUGUACAUUCUCGGCAGAGGUCAAGGCUAGUUUCCAAGGAUGGAAGGUGCAACAUAGAGUUUGGCAAUGUGGAUGUGCAGUCAAGGUUUAUAUUCUUUGUGGACAUCUGGACAACUGUGCUUGACCUCAAGUGGAGAUACAAAAUGACUGUUUUCAUCACAGCCUUCUUGGGGAGUUGGUUCCUCUUUGGUCUCCUGUGGUAUGUGGUAGCUUACGUUCACAAAGACCUCCCAGAGUUCCAUCCUUCUGACAAUCACACCCCCUGUGUGGAGAACAUUAAUGGCAUGACCUCAGCUUUUCUGUUUUCUCUGGAAACUCAAGUGACCAUUGGAUAUGGAUUCAGGUGUGUGACAGAACAAUGUGCCACUGCCAUUUUUCUGCUUAUCUUCCAAUCUAUUCUUGGAGUUAUCAUCAACUCUUUCAUGUGUGGUGCCAUCUUAGCCAAGAUCUCCAGACCCAAAAAGCGUGCCAAGACCAUUACCUUCAGCAAGAAUGCAGUGAUCAGCAAGCGGGGUGGGAAGCUUUGCCUCUUAAUCCGAGUGGCUAAUCUUAGAAAGAGCCUCCUUAUUGGAAGUCACAUAUAUGGCAAGCUUCUGAAGACCACAGUCACUCCUGAAGGGGAGACCAUUAUUUUGGAUCAGAUCAAUAUCAACUUUGUAGUCGAUGCUGGCAAUGAAAAUUUAUUCUUCAUUUCCCCAUUGACAAUUUACCACGUCAUUGAUCACAACAGCCCUUUCUUCCACAUGGCAGCAGAAACUCUUUCCCAGCAGGACUUUGAAUUAGUGGUAUUUUUAGAUGGUACAGUGGAAUCAACCAGUGCCACCUGCCAAGUCCGGACAUCCUAUGUCCCAGAGGAGGUGCUUUGGGGCUACCGUUUUGUUCCCAUAGUAUCCAAGACCAAGGAAGGGAAAUACCGAGUGGACUUCCAUAACUUUAGCAAGACAGUGGAAGUGGAGACCCCUCAUUGUGCCAUGUGCCUUUACAAUGAGAGAGAUGCUAGAACCAGGAUGAAGAAAGGCUAUGACAACCCCAACUUCAUAUUGUCAGAAGUCGAUGAGACAGAUGACACCAAAAUGUAGCAGUGGCUUUUUAACUGGAGUAAAGCAAAGUCUUCUAGAUAUCUAGUGACUAUAAGUAUUACAACGUAAUCAACAGUUUAGGGGUAUGAAAGACCCUUCAAAGUCUACCAGCACAAGGACACUUGAGCCUCAUAACUGUGAUCCUACAAAUCACAAAGCUCUACAAGUCUAUUGUAUUAGCACACAUGGUGCAUUUAUAUUAAUCUGGCAUAUGGAAGCCAGAUAGGAGCUCAUUUGGAAUCUUGAAUAUGAUUAUUUGAGGUUAUGCAAUGUUGAUGGGAACAGGCCAAAUCAUCAAAAGUCUUAAGGACAGAUCAAAAGUGAUACUUUUUAAAGUUUCUUUGAAGAAGUUAGGAGCUUUAGAUAGGAUCAGGGAGCAACCAUAUUUUCAUUUUGAUUUUACUAAGGAGAAAAAAUAAAUGUCACUUUCAUUUUAACAUGGACUUUUGUCACUGGAAAAAAAUUGUCUUUGGAGUCUGGGGGAGAUGAAAUAACCAAUCAAUGACAAUAAGAAGAGACUGCUACACAAUGAAUGAUUUGAGGCUCUAACCUUCUUGAACUCUGGUUGUUGGAGACUUCGUCUGAAUCUUGGUCAUACUUAUUUCAGGAGAGGCGAGGAAGGCAUAGUCCAAGGACUCUGCAGGGACCAAACUUGCUUUGCCUUAUGGCCUAUCCAGAUGCUGAGGCCCCCACUGAACUUUGGCCCAAAUGAUAUCAUGCAGUAUGUUUAGACAGAGGCUAAUAAUAAUAUACUCAAGAAUCUCAGUGAACAUUUUCUUGCUAAACAGAAUGUUUGAUAUUGACCUUUAGGGAGAGGUUUUAAUAUGAAUGUCUUGUUCAGUUUUCCACAUGCAUUAUUUUGAAUGUAUCCUGGAAAAAAUGGAACUUGAAGCUGCUUAGGAAUCAAAAUGUUUUCAGUGCAUUUAUUAAUAUAUUAAAUUUCUGAAACUGCUCA